GGGGACGGCGGUGCACUCGGAAGAAAAGCACUUUCAUAAAUCUGGCGCGAGAUAUAUGUGCUCACAAUUUCCGGGAUCCGGCCAUUAAGCUACGUCGGACGGGUACGGGAGCCGCUCCGGUGUUAGAUCCACCAUUUCCCGUCUACUUUAUUUGCUGUUUGAUUUUCUCUAUAUAAUAUUUAAAGCUCCAGAUAUCCAGCAAUUCUCUAGACAGAGGUGUAAACAAUCUAUUUUGACAACAAUGGGUGGUAAUUGUUGUCAAAAAUUAGAUCUGUCAAAGUCAUAAAAUCCUAUCAAAAAUGGGCAUCGCAGAUUCGCUCUACAAGAUCAUCUACAAGAGAACCUCCACGUUCGCUUUGGCCACCGUGGUAUGUGCGUUUGCAUUUGAAGAAGCCUUUGACAGAGGAUGCGACUUGAUAUUCGAAACAGUGAACAAAGGAAAACUCUUUAAAGACCUUAAAAUACUCGAGAAAGUUAAAAAAGAUGAUGUUUCAGAUGACGGUGUGAAUGGUGUUGAAUCCACCGAAGGUAUGUCUAAUGAGGAAUGUGUAAAAGAAGAGGAAGUUUGUGAAGAUGGAGAAGAAGUAGAACAAGGAGGAGAGCAAGUAAAACAAGGAGAGCCAAUUGGUGAUGAUAAUGAAGAAUGCAAAUAAUGUUCCACAUCUAAAUAAGAUAAUUUAAAUGUUAUGUUAAUAAUUAAGAUUCUUAUAUCAACGUUUAUAAUAAACUCUUGAACUCUUAUAUUCCCUCCCAUAAUACAAAU